AUGGCCAUUCUCUUUGGCGCUAUCUUCAAGGGCGUUGAAUACCUUGUGGACUAUGGAGUCCUUCAGGGGGUCAUCGAUGUCAACCCAAGCCUCCGCAAGGUUCUGGUGACUAUCUUUAUUGGCCAUCUGACAGAGCGUGGGAUUGUCGGCGUUCUUGUUCGGCUAGAUGUAGAUCUUGAUAUGAUUGCCGACUUGGACGCCUCUGUCAACGCGGGCACCAACCUUGGUGUCAUGGUUGGAAGGGGGCAUGAUUCAGUGUCCAGCGGAUGAGUUAUCUCCCACGGAAGGACGAAGUAUUUUCAGUCUUGAGAAGGAUAAUUUCAGAGCUCUCUGGCGAAGGGCGCCCAGAGCAUCAAGAACAGCGCCCAUGUCUUCACCAAAGUUAGCUGUUUUCAGUACAACAGGGCACUGAUGAGCACUCACUGGAUGCACAAUGGAUAAAAAAUGAAUACAAUUG